ACGUCUCAUGUAACACCUAGAAAAACCCGAAUAUCCAGCUCCGAAAAGAGAGACGCCACCAGUUUCUAGAAACAAAAGAAGGUAAAAAAAAAAAACGAGAAGAGAUGGAGGAAGAAGAACAUGAGGUUUACGGUGGAGAGAUUCCUGAUGUGGAAGGGGAUAUGGAUCCUCACAACGCCGACGUUGACAUGUCCGCCGCCGAUGACGAUGCCGUCAAGGAGUUGGAUGAGAUGAAGAAGAGAUUGAAGGAGAUGGAAGAGGAAGCGGCUGCUCUUCGUGAGAUGCAAGCUAAAGUUGAGAAGGAAAUGGGCGCUGUUCAAGAUCCAGCUACUGCAGCUGCUAAUCAAGCAAACAGGGAGGAAGCAGAUUCCCGUUCUGUGUUUGUUGGCAAUGUUGAUUAUGCAUGCACACCUGAAGAAGUGCAGCAGCAUUUUCAGUCCUGUGGUACAGUAAACAGGGUUACUAUUCUGACAGAUAAGUUUGGCCAGCCAAAGGGUUUUGCUUAUGUGGAAUUCCUUGAAGUAGAAGCUGUUCAAGAGGCUCUAGCUCUCAAUGAAUCUGAACUACAUGGCCGUCAAUUGAAGGUUUCACCCAAAAGGACCAACGUUCCUGGAAUGAAGCAGUAUCGACCUAGACGAAUCAAUCCCUACAUGGGUUACCGGUUCAGGAGGCCAUAUGUGCCCCCUUAUUUCUACUCUCCUUAUGGAUAUGGGAAGGUGCCUAGAUUCAGAAGGUCAAUGCGAUACAUGCCUUACUACUAAGAUGGAUUUCCAUCGGACGGAGGAGUUCAUAUCUGGUGGAUGACCAUCCAAGAUUUUCAGAUUUCUUUUUUCAUAUUAUCAUGUGUGAUUAUCAUGUCUUUAUGACAUAAAACAUUCCUGAAUUUAAAUCCAUUGCUAUGCCCAAGCCAACAAGUCUGCAGUUAAAUUUUUUACCUUACAUGUGCAUGGGAUUUCGUGAA